GGGUUUACAGAAGUGCUUAAUAAAAAAAACAAGAAACAGCAAAUCCCGACGCUGCUGGGUCCGGUGGCAGCGUGGAACCUUCGUCACCUUCGCUGGCAAAGCAAACACAACACACUCAUUAACCAUUCAUUUCAUUUUUUCAAUUUCUCUUUAACAAUUCCUAUCACUCUCUCCGUUCAACAAUGGAUCUCCGUCCCCACCGAGUCAAGAGGACCUCCUCUUCCUCCUCCUCCCCUCCCCCUACCCCCAAGGCCUCCGACGCCCUCCCUCUCCCUCUCUACCUCACCAACGCCAUCUUCUUCACUCUCUUCUUCUCCGUCGCUUACUACCUCCUCCACCGGUGGCGCGACAAGAUCCGAAGCUCCACUCCUCUCCACGUUGUCACGCUUUCCGAGAUUGCUGCCAUUGUCUCCCUCAUCGCUUCCUUCAUCUACCUCCUCGGUUUCUUCGGCAUCGACUUCGUUCAGUCCUUCAUCGCACGCGCCUCUCACGAUGUCUGGGACCUUGAUGACGCUGUUCCGGAACCCCGCCACGACUUCCCCGUGGCUUCUGAACCGCCGAUUCCCAAAUUGCCCCCGCCGGAACCCUCGAUUUCCUCUGAGGAAGACGAGGAGAUCGUAAAGUCGGUGGUGGACGGCGCCACGCCCUCAUACGCGCUGGAAUCGAGGCUCGGGGACUGUCGCCGUGCCGCGGCGAUCCGCCGCGAGGCGCUGCAGAGGCUAACGGGGAGGUCGCUGGAGGGUUUGCCAUUGGAAGGGUUCAGUUACGAGUCGAUUUUGGGUCAGUGCUGCGAAAUGCCAGUGGGGUACGUUCAGAUUCCGGUGGGUGUGGCGGGACCGUUGCUUUUGGAUGGGUUUGAGUACACGGUGCCGAUGGCUACGACGGAGGGGUGUUUGGUGGCGAGUACCAAUAGAGGGUGCAAAGCAAUUUAUGCGUCUGGUGGGGCUAGCAGUGUCGUUUUGAGGGAUAGCAUGUCUAGGGCACCUGUUGUUAGGUUUUCCACUGCUAAAAGGGCUGCACAGUUGAAGUUCUUCUUGGAGGAUCCUCUCAAUUUUGAUACCUUGGCUGUUGUUUUCAACAGGUCGAGUAGAUUUGCCAGGCUUCAAGGUAUUCAUUGUGCUAUGGCUGGGAAGAAUGUUUAUUUGAGAUUCGCUUGCAGCACGGGUGACGCCAUGGGGAUGAACAUGGUUUCCAAAGGGGUGCAGAACGUUCUUGAUUUCCUUCAAAAUGAUUUUCCUGACAUGGAUGUUAUUGGCAUCUCUGGAAAUUAUUGUUCGGACAAGAAACCUGCUGCAGUAAAUUGGAUUGAGGGACGUGGGAAAUCAGUUGUUUGUGAAGCAAUUAUCAAAGAGGAAGUGGUCAAGAAAGUAUUAAAGACCAAUGUGGCUGCCCUGGUGGAGCUUAACAUGCUCAAAAACCUUACUGGUUCUGCUAUUGCCGGUGCUCUUGGUGGAUAUAAUGCACAUGCCAGUAACAUUGUUUCUGCCAUUUUUAUAGCCACUGGUCAAGAUCCAGCUCAAAAUGUUGAGAGUUCCCAUUGCAUAACCAUGAUGGAAGCAGUCAAUGAUGGGAGAGACCUUCAUAUCUCAGUGACUAUGCCUUCCAUUGAGGUGGGUACUGUUGGGGGUGGCACUCAACUUGCAUCUCAGUCUGCUUGCUUGAAUUUGCUUGGUGUGAAGGGUGCGAGCAAGGAGUCACCAGGAUCAAACUCAAGACUCUUGGCCACCAUUGUUGCUGGAUCUGUUUUAGCAGGAGAGCUGUCUCUGAUGUCCGCGAUUGCGGCAGGGCAGCUAGUGAACAGCCACAUGAAGUACAACAGAUCAAGCAAAGAUGUAACUAAAGUAUCAUCUUGACGAAGAGGACAAGGGCGUGGUUGGAGUCAUUCAUUGGGGAGUCUAAAAUAAAAAACUUUUGGGACAUUGAGUGCAGAAAACAAACAAUUCAGGGAGGGAAACGGAAAACAGUAGAUUAGAUUGUUGGCAUCCACGUAUGGCUCUGCAUUGCUGUCUGUAGUUUGUUAUUUGGAUAGAUGAAGUAGAGUUCUACUUCUACCUUCUGGAUCCGUUUGAUAGCUUAUUUUGCCGAGCCAAACGAUGGGUGUUAAUUCUCCUUCCCCUUUUUAAGCCAAGACAUUUGACGUGCUGUAUUAUAAUUCUUUACCCCCAUAUAAUAUGAUUAGUAUAUCUUCCAUUAUCUC